AUGGACGUUUUCCUGGGGAAAGUGACCCAACAGGCCAUGAACUAUGCCAUUCGUUCAGGUGUUACCAUUACAGCGUCAUACGCGAUCAGGCAAUCAGCCAAACUCCUCAACAGCACGCCGAAAAGCAACGUUCGAGAUGAAUUGUAUGCCUUGCAACAACGACUGCAGCAUAAAAUCCGCAUCGUGUCGCCGGCUAUUGACAUGAUCGAACUGAUUGCAGCUCGAGGAAACACCUCUCUAGAAUCAGCUGUCGCUCUCACCAAGGAGCUGCGCCUCGAGAUACAAUCUCUGGGACAACGACUAGCCAAGGCAGCAGAGGAACAAGCUGCUCGGAAGACCAGCAAGCUCAGUAGCCAAGCCAAAGCUCAGACUGAAGCAGAUUUGGCAUUGAUUGUCAAGGACAUCAAAAAGCUACUGGAGAGGAUUGAAGAUGCCGUGCCCUUGAUCAAUCUCGCCAUCACUACCUCCGGUGCCAGUCUUUCAACGUCAUUACCGCAAUCUAUUUCCCCUUCACGACUUCUACAAGCCAGCACGUUCCUUACAGCGGGCGACACUCAGUAUUCCAUCUCUCCAAAUCACGCCGUUCAAAUCGGACCCACAUUCACUCUUACCGUCUACAUGCUGUUUGCGGGCCAUGACCGCCCCCAAACCGAAGAAGAUAUCCGGGAAACAACUUGGAAGGAAGUAAUUCAUAAAGCAAGAGUGAAGCUACGGCGAGUUCCCCUCGACGUCGUGCUCGGGACUGGGUCCGGAUCCGAUGCCAUUCCUGCCGCCGAAAUCUCUUCUCCUUGUGCGAUUCCAAAUGCAAAGACCGACCUGCCUGGCUCCGCACCAAGUAUCCGUGCAGAUGCCCGAGCCGAUGAAUACGCCUACCAAAUGAUGAUCAUUGAAGACUUUGACGACGAUCGCGUCCACGACUUCGAAGACGACCAGGCUCAUCCGGGCCCGUUUGACGAUGUCAUGCUCGCAGGAAUACGGGAGAUGAUUCCUGUACAUGAGAUAUCCAAGAUAUUCUAUGCAGAUACGAGCAAAGUCCUGAAUAUCGGGAGCGAUGCAGAGAGUAAUCAUCCAGUGUUGCUGUUGAAGAGAGACCUGAACGCAAUCCCACCGAGGCGAAUGGGGGACAGAGAUGGGGCGCUAGGAAUAGCAGAAGUCGACCACGAUAGUGAGCAAGCUCAAGAUCUAGUAGCAGAGCUGGAAGAGAAGCUGCAGGAACAGCAAUAUGUCGAAGAAGACCACAACGGUGAUCCAUGGCGCUUCCCGCCGUCUCUCGACCCAGAAUGGAUUGCGUUUGAAGUGUACACGGAGUCUGAACCAAGCGAUACUGAAUCCGAUAUCGAAGGAGAAUCCGCCGAUAAUACAAGUAACAAGGACGACACUACGCCCCAACUCACAAAUUCAAUGGCAAACAUGCACAUCACCUCGCCUCCCCAAUCCUCUGCUCCACCUUGGGCCAACUCUAUCCGCACCUCUUUAUCUCUCCUCGAACUCCUGUUGCGACUCACCUCUCUGCAACAAUUCCAGCAACAAUCACACCUCUCCAUUACAGACGAACUGCUUACUUUCUUCUUGGAAGAGAGCGCCUCGACGGGCGCAGGAGGGGAUGAGAAGUAUCGGCAGGCGCUGAGAGCCGACGCGAGGAGGAGAGUCGGGUGGGAUCCGUACGAUGAAAGUCCCGUCAAGAGGCGGGGGGAAGAGUAUCAGUAUCAGAGCGGGGGGUACUAUGAUGAAAGUAAUACGAGCCUGAGGAGCCCGCAGAGCGUCGGCAACAUCAGUAGCGGUGGAGAGGGAUGGGUGAUCAGUCCUCCGAGAAACGGGAAUGGAAAUGUCAAGGCGCCUAGACGGGUGACGAUGAUGUCGCCUAGUCCGUCACCUGCGCCGUCGCCGAUAGAGACACCCGGAAAGGCCGGGAGGGCGGGAUGGCUAAGGCGAGAGGGAGGUGAUGGAAGCAGGAAGGGGAGUCCACUUAGGCCGCAGACCGCAAUGACGGACGAGGGUAUCGGGACAAGUCCUGCAAGUGCAGUCAAUAAGGCUUGA